CGUGUAUAUGUGGCGUAGCCCAGACGCAGCCUCUAUUAUAAAUUAGAAGCAUUUCUUCCCAAUUACAGAGUUAGCAACAGGUUCUGCGAAAAUUUUGCCCUAAAUCAAAUCGAAGAUGGCUGAUUACACCGGCUCUGUCGUCCGAUACACACAGAAUCGAAAGUGGUCCUCAGAUCCGUUGCCGGCGGCUGCCUGUUCUUCGAUUAAUAACCCAUUUGCUGCCGAGUUUGUGCACUCUUGUACAAAUUACAGAGCCCGUGCUUCUUCGAUCAAUCGAGUUUUAUGGACACCUUCUGGGAGGCGUCUUAUUACAGGCUCUCAAAACGGGGAGUUCACUCUCUGGAAUGGUGAGUCAUUCAAACACGAAUUGAGGAUUCAGGCUCAUGAUCAACCAAUCAGGUCCAUGGCGUGGAGUUUUGAUGAUGAAGAUUGGAUCUCUGGUGAUGAUGGAGGCACAAUCAGGUAUUGGAAGAUCAGUAACAUGAGUAAUGUGCUUGUCAUUGAAUCUGCUCACCAAGAAUCGGUUCGGGACCUGAGCUUCUGUCGGAGUAAUUUGAAGUUUUGUUCAUGUUCGGAUGACACUAGUGUUAAAAUCUGGGAUUUUGAACGGUGCCAACAGGAGCAGACAUUGACCGGCCAUGGUUGGAAUGUGACCAGUGUUGACUGGCACCCCACAAACUCUCUAAUAGCUUCGGGUGGGAAAGACAGUGUCGUCAAACUGUGGGAUGCUAGGUCACGGAGAGAACUCUGUUCGUUUUAUGAUCACAAAAAUUGGGUGCAUUCUGUCAAGUGGAACCCAAAUGGUAACUGGCUGCUAACUGCUUCCAAGGAUCAUGUCAUUAAGCUUUACGACUUGAGGGCGAUGAAGGAACUUAAAUCUUUCCGCGGCCAUCAGAACCAAGUGACUGCUCUAGCUUGGCAUCCCCUUACUCAAGACUAUUUUGUCAGUGGGAGUAGUGAUGGAUCCAUUUUCCAUUGGCUUGUUGGCCAUGUAACUCCCCAGGUUGAAAUUCCUAACGCACACACUAACAGUUACAAUAAUAAUAGUGUGUGGGAUCUCCAGUGGCAUCCUAUGGGUCAUAUGAUUUGUAGUGGUAGCAAUGAUCGCACCACCAAGUUUUGGUGCACAACAGGACAUAAAUCUAAAUUCAGUCAGAAUCAAAGUAAUUUUCCCUUUCCAUUUCAUGGACCACCAACUAUUGCUACUCGAGACCAAGGAACCCUUGGUUCAGGAGGUGUUGGAACCAUUAUACCCGGUGUUGGAAUUGCGGUUUAAACAGACCAAAUUAAUCUAAAAACCCAAAUUAAUCAACAUCGGCUACUGCAUACAAGAAAAAGAAAAAGAAUGACAGACAAAACAAAACCAAAAAACAAACAAGAAAAAGAAAAAUGACAAACAAAACAAAACCAAAAAACAGACCAACAGUGUUUGAUCAAGAGAGAGAGAGAAAAAAAAAAUAGAAAAACUAUCUGGAAUAAUUAGUUGAACAAACAAAAGAAUCUCAAUACAAAAGAACAGUUUCCAGCCAGAAGAGACCAAGUUCAAUUUUCCCACCCCACAAAAACUGGCUGUGAAUCAACCGUCUCAAAUAUCAAAUUUUCCAAGGCCCCCCCAUAUGCUUUUAGUUAGUCUAUGUAUGAUCUAAUUAGUGGUUUCCCCUCCAAGCAUGGAGCAACCAAGCAAUGCUACGUCCAGGAAAUUAUAGGAUUGGAUCAGCUACUUGUUCAAUAUAUAAGAGGCACACUUCAAGCAUAGCAGUAAUUUCUAUAAAGGAUUGGGUUUCUACAUGCAUAUGACUAAGAGGUGAUAUUCCUGUUACCAUUACUAUAAGCAAUUUCUUCCUAUUAUUCCAAUUACCAUUACUUGCAGCCCAAUCUCACAGUUCUAUAUCCAUUCGGGAUAGGGGAUGGCUGCUAUGUACCUGCAUUCACAGUUCAACGUCACUUAUGACAGAUCCAGAAGUUCUAUUGAUGACUCUAAAUGAAUUCAAUGAAAGAGAAAACUGCAUUUCUUGUGCAUAUAUAGCUUCUGACAAGUGUACAUCAUGUGAAAAAGUGGACAAGUUCGUUGCAUUCCUUCGUUCAAUUC